UGACGUCACCGGUGGUAACAAUGCACGGCCAUCUCUUCUACUCACAGUGCCACUUCCCACUUGUCCGCUUCACGCCGAAUUCGAUUCUCUCUGUCGUACAACCUUAUCCUGCACGUCCGGUGCAUUUUAGCCCCGCAGCCCCUUCUCCAACAAAACAAAUUUACCACCACCAACGCCCGACACCAUCAUAAUCAUCGACAAAGCAUGGAACUGCGUGGGUCCCAAAUCAACCGUCGAGCCCACGCGUCUCCUGGCGGAGGGCGCGAAGACUGUUGGUCCGAAGGCGCGACCGAGACGCUAAUCAAGGCGUGGGGAGACCGUUACGUCGAACUUAACCGCGGAAAUCUCCGUCAGAAGGACUGGAAAGAAGUAGCCGAUUCCGUUAACGCCCGUCAGGACGGCGUCAAGCCUAAGAAAACAGACAUCCAGUGCAAGAACCGGAUCGAUACGUUGAAAAAGAAGUACAAAAUCGAGAAAGCUAAACCUCCGCCGUCAAAAUGGCCGUUUUAUUACCGUCUCGAUUCACUGAUCGGUACUGACGCCUUAAAAAAAUCCACGACCACCGUCACUUUGAGAGUUAAACCCAAGCCGAACGCAUACACGAUUGGGAGGUCAAAGUCAACGGAGAAGGAUUUAUCGUCGAACGGCGAUGAUGAGGAGGAUGAUGAUGUGAUGGUGGUGAAAAAGGUGCAUCGGAUGGAGGAUGUAGAUUUAUCAGAUGCAGCGGCAUGUAGGGAAUUGGCGAGGGCAAUACUGAAAUUUGGGGAAAUUUAUGAGAAAAUUGAGAGUGAAAAACAAAAGCAAAUGAUGGAGUUGGAGAUGGAGAGAAUGAAGUUUAUAAAAGAUAUUGAGUGUGAAAGAAUGAAUAUGUUCAUGGUGUCUCAAUUGGAGAUCCAGAAAUUGAAGCAACAGAAUCGCCCUCCUACCUCAUCAGAUGGAGGCAGCCGGGCAGGCAUCAAGUAUUGAAAUACUGCUGAAUUUCUUGUUUGUCUCUAGUGCAGAGACGCAUAUGAAUUAAAUUUUGGAUCAACUUUCUGGCGUUAUGCUCUAGUCUUCUCUUGCUCUAUCACUGCUGCUUAAGGCCCUCUUAUCGUGUCUUAUGAAGUUGGAAUUUCGGCCUAAACUUGAGAUUACCACCUGAUUAAGGCUUGACAACUAUUCUGUUAAUUUGCAUAUCUCUACAGGGAAGAAAAGUCGUGGCUGAAAAUAUUGAUCACGUGAAGACUACAUGUCAGAAGAGAAUUGCCAUCUAACAACCCAUCUCUGUGAAGUUGCCCUUCUGGCAUCUGUCCAUCUAACAACCGCAGUUUCUAGUUUGAAGCUUUUGGAGGUCGGUUGGCUGGUGUAGUUUCCUUGUUUGUAAUGUUCCUGUACAUGAAUAGUUCUGAUACAGAUUUAUAUGUAUAUAUUUUUUCUGUAGGGUAAUCGAUGUAUUAUUACCUUGUUA